UCACCAUGGCUGCAUCGCAAGUGCUCGAUUCCGCUUGACUAACUACAGAUACUUGGCGGUCUUACUAAAGAACGGAGGUUUCCUUGUCGCCGUAGCUUGGUAUGUGCCAUGUCUAGCUUCACUUGAGACCCUCCAAGAAUUAUGUAGGAAGGAAAAUCUCAGAUGUAAAUCCAUUGGAAUCACCAACAGGAAUCUAAAGAGUUAUGAGGUGGAAUAUUUGUGUGACUACAAGGUAGAAGAGGGCACAGAAUACUAUCUUGUGAAAUGGAAAGGAUGGCCAGAAUCUUCAAAUACUUGGGAACCUCAGAAAAAUCUGAAAUGCCCAUUGCUUCUUCAAAACUUUCUUAGUGACAAGAAUGAAUACUUGUCUCGGGUGAGAGAAGGCAAAGCACUGAAAGUGAGAAACCAUGUUAAAGCUUUGAAACCUGCGGUUGCAGAUUACAUUGUAAAGAAGGCUAAGCAAAGAAUAGCUCUGCAGAGAUGGAAAGAAGAACUCAACAGGAAAAAGAAUCAUAAAGCAAUGAUUCUAGUAGAAAACACUGUGGAUCUUGAAGGCCCUCCUUUAGACUUCUACUACAUUAAUGAGUAUAAACCUGCUCCGGGAAUAAAUGUAAUAAAUGGAAUAACGACUGGUUGUGAAUGCACUGACUGCCCUGCUGAGAAGUGCUGUCCAAAGGAGGCUGGAUUUAUUUUGGCUUACAAUAAACGAAAGAAGUUGAAAAUCCAGCCCGGCUUGCCCAUCUAUGAAUGCAAUUCGUUUUGUAGGUGUGGGCCUGACUGCCCCAAUAGGAUAGUACAGAAAGGUACACCGUAUUCUCUUUGCAUCUUCAGAACUAACAAUGGCCGUGGUUGGGGAGUAAAAACCCUCCAGAAAAUUAAAACCAACAGUUUUGUGAUGGAGUAUGUUGGAGAGGUGAUUACAAGUGAGGAAGCAGAGAGACGAGGCCAGCUUUAUGACAACCAGGGAAAUACAUACUUGUUUGAUUUGGACUAUGACUCAGAUGAGUUUACAGUAGAUGCAGCUCGAUAUGGAAAUGUGUCCCACUUUGUGAAUCACAGCUGUGAUCCAAAUCUUCAAGUCUUCAAUGUGUUUAUUGAUAACCUCGACUUGCGUCUUCCUCGAAUAGCGCUGUUUUCUACACGAACCAUCAAGGCUGGAGAAGAGCUAACCUUUGACUAUCAGAUGAAAGGUUCAAUAGAUCUGACUUCAGACUCUGCUGAUGGUCUUAGCCCAUCCAGAAAGAGGAUCAGAACUGUCUGUAAAUGCGGAGCUGUGUGUUGCAGAGGUUAUCUCAACUGAGUUCGGGUAUCCAAAGUCACAAAUACUUUGUUCUCUUUUAAAUGUGUUUUAAGAAGACUCUUCUUUCACACGUCUAUUCAAGUAUUCCUACAUCUAAUGUAAAUAAAUACAGUGAAAACAAG